CGGCCUCGAAGAGGAUUCCUUACUAUAUUUUUAUCAUUAAUACUGCGUAAAACUUAUAAAUAAAUCAUGCAGCAGUUAACAAUAUUUAUGGAUAUAGAGAGUUCACGGUCCUACGUAGACGAGUUGUAUUCGUCGGAUACGGCGAAGGUAGUGGAAGCACUGAUAACGUUAAAGAACUCAGUAAUCGGUAGUAAUCGACAGAAGACCUCCGUGAUAGAACAAGGCAUUGUGCCGCGACUAUUGCAGUUGAUGUCCGACGACACGCUCGAUCCUAAUAUCAGACUGGAAGCUACUAUAACUAUUGGUUCCCUAGCAAAAGGCACAACUGAUAAUGUAGCAUCACUAGUAGAGCAAGGCACAGCCACAUCCCUCGUGGAGCUCCUUAAAUCUGUGCCAAUCGGCACCAAACUGGCAGAGGCAGGACUAUGCGCACUACGUAGCGUGUUCCAGCACCAGCCAGCACCUAUUUCGUCUUUACCAGCUGAUAUGAGACUACUUAGUAGGUUAACACAAAUAGCCCGUGAAGGUUCACCAACAGCCCGGUCUUGCGUAGUAAGGAUACUAUCUAUAUGGUGUGGCGGCCCCCUCGAGCAAGAGGCGCUAUGUGCCGCAGGAGCAUGCACAGCUGUAGCGGCCCUGAUCUCAACCGGACGAGGCAGCGGGCCACCGGUGCAAAGGGCCCAACCAGCUUUAGACCUGCUUGCCGCUAUGUGCUUUGAAAACGCUAAUGUGGCACAGGUUGCUUUAAAUACCAGACAUGGUGACAAAACGAUACCAGAGUUGCUAACAUAUCUGGUGUCGCGGGACAAGCCGUUGCCGGUGGCCAUGGGCGCGGCGCGUUGCCUCACCUUCAUACACAGAGCUGGAGCGCUACCCGCCGACGAUAAUAGGGUGGUCUUCGGAGCUUUGCCGUGUCUUGCGCGACUUUGUACCAAAGAAAUGCCAGAGGAUAUAAGAUCCGCCGCUGCUGAAACUCUCGCUUACUUGGCCGAGGUGGAUACAUCAUUGCAAAGGCUUGCAGCCAUAUCAAACCAUCUGAUGAGUUCCCUCGCGGACAUCGUGAACUGUCCCUCGGCCGCCGCAAAGCAGGGAGCGUUCAGGUGCUUCGCAUCUCUCGGCGCCAACGACGAGGACAUUCGGAAACGCAUCAUAGAGACGCACGGACUCAUGGUGCACAUUGUCAAUGGAAUGAAUAACCCGGAGGCUGGCGUACGGUUGGCGGCAGUACGCUGUCUUCAUUCGCUCUCCCGGUCGGUGCAACAGCUGAGGACGACGUUUCAGGUAAUUUCUGAUCAUGCAGUAUGGCGUCCCCUAAUGCAGCUUUUGAACGACUCACCUGACGCCGAAUUAUUGACCGUGGGGUCGUCGACACUCUGCAAUUUGCUGCUUGAGUUCUCGCCCGCUAAGGAACCCAUGUUAGACCAAGGUGCAGUAGAAAUGCUAUGCAAUUUAACGAAAAGGCCAGAAGCGGCUUUGAGACUGAACGGUAUUUGGGCUUUAAUGAACAUGGCGUUUCAGGCCGAGCAAAAAGUAAAGCAACGCAUUCUAAACUGCCUGGGCACGGAGCAGAUGUUUCGUCUUCUCGGUGACAGUGACACUCGAGUUAUUAUGAAGACGUUGGGGCUGUUGCGGAACCUGCUGUCCACCAGACAGCAUAUUGAUGCGAUUAUGGGGGAAUAUUCCUCGCAAGUUAUGCAGGCUGUGAUUGUGGUCCUCGAAGGCUCGUACCCGGCUGAAGUUAAGGAGCAAGCGCUGUGUAUAUUGGGCAACAUUGGCGACGGAGAGAAAGCCAAAGAUAUGAUAAUGGCUAACGAAGACGUGCUGCGGAAGCUCGUUGAUUAUUUGGCGCACCCCGAGAGCAAGCUGCAGGAGGCGGCCCUGUUCGUGUGCGGCAACCUGUCGCGACGCGGCGAGGCGGGCUUCGCGGCGCGACAGGCGCGUCUGGCCGAGCUGGGAGUGCUGCGCGCGCUCAAGCUGCUGCGCGCCAGCCAGAGCGCCGCGCACCUGCACGACCGAGUAAAGACGGCCUUAGCCCAAUUCAAUGAGUUCACAUAAUAUCACAAGCAUCACAAAGCCAAAAGAUCGAGAAGAAAGUGACUUUAACGAGUGUGGUCAACAGACAGUGAGCUGUUAGUGAGUUAUUUAAUUAAAUAGGUAGUCAUUACAUGCAGUGAACUACUUGACUAUUUAACAGUGAACGUUAUGUAGAAACUUGACAAACGACGUAUCAUAACAAGAAAAUA